GAGUGCUUGAGUCCUGGCCCUGGGUGUGAUUGGAGGAAAGGGCUCAUUAUGAGGACCUCAGGGGCUGGAUUAGAAGGUGCUGUUGGGACUAGGAGGAGCCUUCUUGAGUGGGCUGAUGGGAAGCCGGAAGUCGUUGAGCUGAGAUCCCUCUGCCUUCCAGAAACCCCCUCUGUGCUUGCAGAUCCCAGGAUUGAGAGAGAAUGGCUCCUGGGAGCAGCAGACCCCCAGCCCAGGAGUCAGUGACAUUCAAGGAUGUGGCUGUGGACUUCACCCAGGAGGAGUGGGGGCUCUUGGACCCCCCUCAGAAGGAGCUGUACAAGGAGGUCAUGCUGGAGAAUGCCUGGAACCUGCUCUCCCUGGGGCUUCCCGUUCCCAGAGAAGAUGUGAUCUCUUAUUUUGAGCAAAGGGAAGCACCGUGGAUGCUGGAGCAAGAAGGCCUGAGGCGCUGCUGUGCAGGAGAUAACAGACGUGAAAUAAAAGAGACUCCUUCAGAGAUAGGCCUUUCUUUGGAACAAACUCACCAACAAAGAUGCCUAAAUAAUGAUCACUCUGACUUUGAUAGGAGAGAAAUCUGUGCUGUACUGCAUCAGAGAAUUCACACUGGGGAGAAACCUUUUGAAUGUAAUCAAUGUGGAAAGACUUUCACAUGGAGGUCCCAUUUUGUUACCCAUCAGAGAAUUCACACUGGGGAGAAACCACAUGGAACUUUUGAAUGUAAUCAGUGUGGAAAGACUUUCACAUCGAGCUACCAUCUUUUUAACCAUCAGAGAAUCCACACUGGAGAGAAACCAUUUGAAUGUAGCCAAUGUGGAAAGACUUUCCAAUGGAGGUCAACACUUGUUAUCCAUCAGAGAAUACACACUGGAGAGAAACCUUUUGAAUGUAAUCAAUGUGGAAAGACUUUCACAUCAAGGUCCCAUCUUGUUACACAUCAGAGAAUCCACACUGGGGAGAAACCUUUUGAAUGUAAUCAAUGUGGAAAGACUUUAACAACGAGGUACCAUCUUUUUAACCAUCAGAGAAUCCACACUGGAGAGAAACCUUUUGAAUGUAAUCAAUGUGGAAAGACUUUCUCAUGGAGGUCCCAUUUUGUUACCCAUCAGAGAAUCCACACUGGAGAGAAACCUUUUGAAUGUAAUCUGUGUGCAAAGACUUUCACAUGGAAGUCAGCUCUUCUUAGACAUCAGAGAAUUCACACUGGAGAGAAACCUUUUGAAUGUAAUCAGUGUGGAAAGACUUUCACAUCAAACUACCAUCUUUUGACCCAUCAGAGAAUCCAGACUGGAGAGAAACCUUUUGAAUGUAAUCAGUGUGGAAAGACUUUCACAUGGAGCUUCCGUCUUUUUAACCAUCAAAGAAUCCACACUGGAGAGAAACCUUUUGAAUGUAAGCAAUGUGGAAAGACUUUCACAUGGAAGUCAGCUCUUUUUAAACAUCAUAGAAUCCACACUGGAGAAAAACCUUUUGAAUGUAAUCAGUGUGGAAAGACUUUCACACAGAGGUCAAAUCUUAUUUCCCAUCAUAGAAUCCAUACUGGAGAGAAACCUUUUGAAUGUAAUCUGUGUGGGGAGACUUUCUCAUGGAGGUCAAGUCUUGUUGAACAUCAGAGUAUUCAUACUGGAAAGAAACCUUUUGAAUGUAAUCAGUGUGGGGAGACCUUCUCAUGGAGGUCAGGUCUUGUUAGACAUCAGAGAAUUCAUACUAGAGAGAAACCUUUUGUAUGUAAUCAGUGUGGAAAGAGUUUCCCAUUGAGGUCAGUUCUUGUUAGACACCAGAGAAUCCACACUGGAGAGAAACCUUAUAAAUGUAGUCACUGUGGUAAAGCCUUCAUUGUAAAGUCAGCCCUUGUUUCUCAUCAGAGCAUUCAUAGGGAAUAGGAAUCUUAUAUAACUGACGUGAAUGAAGAAAGAAUUGAAGUGGAGUACAGAGCUUCUUUGACCACACAAAAUUCACUCUGGUUAUAAGACAUCUAUGAAUUCAGUGUGAGAAGCCUUUCAGCCAGAGGUUCUCUCUUAUCUAAUCAUUAUGGAUUCAAACCACAAAGAAGCCUUAUGCAUGUGCUCAUCUGGGAUAUGCUUUUUUUCUGGAACAUUGAGGUUGCUGGUAAAGGUCAAGUUUUUUGCCUGAUUCUAAAGGAAAGGUGAAAUAAAAGAAAAUAAAGCAUGUCAGCCCUCUAGUUUACAAAAUGAAUAAACAAAAAAGGAGGCAAUAGGGUCAUGAACUGCAGGAUUGUGUGAAAGAAGACAUCUGGAUGUUCUCAGAAAUAGAAUGUCUUCACAGUGAGGAAAAGGAUUUGAGACAGUAUUAUGUCAACUGGGGAACAAUGUUUGGUGAAGGGAAGACAUCAGCAUGAUUUGACCAAGGGUAUAAAAAUGGGGGUAAUUUGGGGGGGUUUUGUGGUUUCCCUUAGGCUACUUGAAUGUGUGGCCUACAUUACAUGUGUGUAUCAGCCUGCAUUGAGGCUACACGCAUGUGACAGUGAAGAAACUUCAUUAACUUUCUGCUUCUUGACCCAUCAUAGUGAUGAGGAAGGAGUUGCUAUGAUGGCCUUGAGGAGGAGCAGAACCAUUGUGGGAAAAAGCAGCCCCUAGUAGGCAGGGCCUACCCACAUUCAUUCCACCACUGAAUCCAUGUUGGAAUUUAGGUGCAGACGAGCUCAAAGAAGAAGGUGGGUAUGAUUGAUGG